AUGCGGGCGCACGAUGUACUCGACGCCCUGGAACGAGUAACGCUGUUCCGGGCUCAGGCGGCGGACUCGAAUCGACGCUUGGAGGACAUCGGAAGUGAUCUGGACAGCGCAAUAUCUCUGCUGGACCUCCAACAGCAGUGUCGCGAAGCGGAGCAUCCGGACGGCGCAGUAACAGGCGUGACCCAGGGCGUUCACCGCGCCGUCCUUGACUGGUCCACCGGGGUGAUCGUCAAGCUCGCGGCAGCCUUGCCCAAGCACGCGACAAUUGCGGCAAGCCCCAACGUCAGCACCACCACCACCAGUGAGCGCCACGCUCGAAACGCACGGGGCUGGCUCUCGGAUCCGCGCAUCUGGCGGUGCUUCGUGCGCUCGCUCAGGGGGGGCGCCACCCAGGCGGCCGAACCCAGCACGCACCUACCGCAGGCUGCGAGCCUGGGGGUGCUCCGGGCUGCGAUUUUCGCCGUCCGUGCCGGAGCACCAGGAGCGGCGGCCGCGGCGGGAGCGGCGGCAAGGGCGUGGGAGAGCUGCUCUGCACCACCGCAGGCGGCAGGGGCAGGGGACUGGGCGUUCGUCGCCGUCCUGACGCUCUGCGGCGGGGUCAUCGUUACCGCGGGAGGAGGAGGAGGAGGAAGAGCGGGCGGCCACAGCAGCGGAUCGAUGACGAGCAUCGACGCCGCCGUCCUGGACGAGCUCCGGCCACGGCGCGCCGACGGAAGGCUGCUGGCGGUGGCGGGCCCGGCGCCGGCGACGGUCGCCUCAAAGAGGUGGGGAGGGGGAGGUGCCGUGAUGAAGAUGUCCCUAGACGCGUUCGUGACCUUCUUGGACGAGGUCCUUCGCGGACACGAGGCCGUUUGCCAGGCGCUACUCCUCGCCGGCGACGGGGCAGGAUCGGGAGGGCGGAGCAGCGUCGGGGGCAAGGAGGCGGCGGCGGUUGCGACGGCCGGUGGCGGAGCGCUGCCGUCCCUGGCGGAAGGAGCGCUGACGGAGCUGCUCCGCUUCCAGGUGGUGCUGCAGGCCCAGCAGACAUCCCCCCGCAAGGUCUUCACCACCUUUUGCUCGAAGCUGAUGGGGUCGCUGUUCCAGGCCCUCCCGCCCGAGGGUUCGACGGCGUCGGCCUCUUCGCCGCUCAAGACCGCCGCCAAGGCCGUCGCGUGCGACGCCCUGUUCCACGAGGAACACCUCGAGGGCUACCGCGAAGCCUUCACGGCGGCCGAAGCGGCGGCGGCGGCGGCGGCAGUUGCCAGGACGGGGAGUUCGCCGCAAGGGGAGGGAGUUGCGCCUACCGCUGGCGGUGGCGGUGGGAAGAAUAAUGGUGAACCGGAUCAGUCUGGUGAGAGUGGCGGCGGCGGCAAGAAGAGGCGCCGGAAGAACACCGGUCGCGAAGACGGCGGCGGAGACGACGGCGGCAAGUUUAAGAAACCUCGGAUCCGUGUGUGCUACCAGCAGCAGCUCUUGGACGAGAUGGCCGCGCUAGCGGCUGGCUCGCGGGGAGACGGGGAGGGGGAGGGGCGUUCUCGCCUAGGGGCAGUGGCCGGGGCCCCGAUUUUGCUGGAAGGGUUUAUUCUCCGCCUAGGCAAGGUGCAGCGUGGAGCGGUUGAUAUCCACGAGGCGUCGGGUGCGGCGGCGGCCGCAGUGGCUAUGGGCGGAAAGCGCUCGCGUUCAUCCGGUGGCAGCGGCGGUGGCGGGGGCGGCAGCGGCAGCGGCUCGUCCGCCUCGCCUGCUUCGCAGAUGUUCAGGCUGUGGUCGGUGCUAAAUUCGACGCUUUUGGGGUACUUGCCGUCUGUCCCGCCUUCAUCUACGCCGCCUCCGCCACCGUCCGAUGGCACCGUCGUGCUCCCGCGGCUGCUGCUCCUCCCGUUCUUGCGGUCGAGCAACUCCAUGCUGAGGUUCCUCGCCGAGCACGACGUCUACCGCAUCAACGAGGACUGGGGGGGGCUCGAGUUCGACCAGCUCCGCAGCUUCUCAUCCAGCCUUAUCCGCCUCGCCGACAGCUGCUACGGGAGGGGGGGGAGCCGCGCCGGCGGCGACAACAGCACCGAUGGCGGCGCCCCCGGGAGCACCGCUGCUGCGAUGGCUGUCAGCGGGGACGGCGCACGCAGAAGGGAAGACACUCCCGAUGCCCCCGCCGCCGCUGCCCGUGUCCUAGUAAAGCCCACGAAGGAGCAAGCAGCGGGGGCGGGGGCAGCAGCCGAGGAGUUCCUCAGGGCUUUCGGCUCGCUGCUGGGCCUUAACCACAGCAUCCUGCACGAUGACCUGAGACCGGUGCUACGGAUGACGUUCGAGUGGGCGGCUACGGCGGAAACAGAAGAAUCGGCGGCGGCGGCGGCGGCGGCGGCGCCGGGUACUGUUCGCGGUGGCGACGGAGGCAACGGCGGCCCGCCGGCGGUGCUCCGCGCUCUGGCGGUCGAUCUCGUCGCGAGCCUCGUCGGCACGUACGGCCGCCUGCGGCAGAUGGACCACCUCGUGCGGGCACUCUUCGGGGCCGUAAGCGACUGCCCGCAGGCGGCGGCCGCCAUGCUCAGGAUGGACGAGUGCGCGGCGGCUCUGGGACGCGCCUUCCGAAGGCUCCCGGAGGGACAGAUCGCAUCCAUGUGGGAUGUAUUCGCGGCCCACCUCCGGGAGGGCUGGAACCAAGGUGCAGGCGGCGGCGGCGGCGGCGGUCGAAACGACUUGCUAGCCAGGGAGAUGGACGCCGAGCUGUUCGUCGUGUUCGUCCGCAACCUCCACGUGACGAGCAGCGUCGCCUCCGCUGUCGGGGCCCUCUGCUUGAGGCUGGCUGAAGAGAGCCUUCGAAGCUUCGGGGUGCCGCUGCGACAGGCCGCCGCGGCCGCGGCCGCGGCCGCCGCCGCCUCGUCCCCGCCGGCCUCCAAGAAGAAGAAGAAGAAGAAGCGAAAGGGAGGAGAGCGGGCGGAAUCAGAACAGCACGGAGCCAUUGGGGAUGGAAGCGGCAGCGGCGGCAGUAGCGGCGGCGUUCCAAUGUCGCAGAUGAUGCUGUCCUUCCGGCCCGCCCUCGACGUGCACGGCUGGUUGUUGGACCUCGACACGAGGUGCCGCUUCUGGUCUGCCGUUCUCGACUCCUCGUUGCCGGCAACGGCGGCGGCGGCGGGGGCGGCGGGGGCGGGGGCGGCCAUACCACAAGACGACGGCGAUACUCUGGUCGAGGAAGGAGGCGACAGGGACGAAACAACCGGAGCCACGACGACCCCGGCCCCUUGUGCAUCUCUGCUCGUGCCCCCCGAUGGGGAUGGAGCAGACGUCUCGCUGCCGCGCAUCAUCGCCGCCGCCACCGCUGCCCUCGAGACAAGCAACAGCAGCGGUAGCAGCAGCCUGGAGGCGGGCAUGGGUGCACAUGACGAGGAGGUCGGCGUGAGGUCGAGGCUCGAGAAGACGCUACAGCAGGUGGCCGUGCACAGGGUCCAGCAGAUCUACGCCCGCCUUAACGGCGUCGCGGCGCUCGAGUCGUCCGGGACGACGGCGGCGGCGGCAGAACGGCGGCCUGCGGCUCCCUCCUCGGGAGCGGAAGGGGUGGAUGACGACGAGGAAGGGGAGUUGGAAGAAGCGGCACCAGGAGGAGCAGCGCGGGAAGAAGGAGGCGAUGGAAAGCUCGAGGAGGAGGAGGAGGCGAGGGGCCUCGUGGCGUAUGCUUGCGGCGCGUGCCGCGGCAGCGGCGGCGAUGGGCGCGGCCCGGUUGCGUGGGGGGACGAGGACGGCGGCGGCCGCGGCGGGGGAGCGAGCUGGAGCAUGAUGAUGCCGUAUCUACCCGUUUGGAUCGGCUUCGCGGAGGAGGAACAGGUGGCGCUCUUUCUGGAGGCGCUGCUGUCGAGAUGCGCGGCCGAUAUCCUCGCCGGUCGGGGGGAGGAAGAGAGUCCGCCCUUGAGGCUCCUCUCAGACGCAUCGUUUUACGAGAUGGAAGCCGUGGCGAAAUCCGCCCCGGCGGUAAUCCUCACGAGGGUGUUCCACGCUGUCAGGUGCGCUGUUGGCGGCGGGCGGGGCACCGGGGACAAGAAGGAAGACGGGGCAGCGAGAUUGCCGCCCGGGUUUCCCGCGGUUGACACGAUCGUGGCGGCCGUCCAGGCUCUCGCUGCCGCCGCUGCCACUCCCGCCAACGAGAAGGGGAAGGGCGGCGGCGGUGCCGCAGAGGGGAGCAGCAGUGACAGCCCAGCCGAGGUGACGGGCGGCGGGGAGGCGGAGAGGAAGGGACUAGAUGAGCGGCGGCAGCAGGAAGAAGAGUUGCGCGAGGCGUGCUGCCUCUUGAUGAUGACCGAGCGGUUCCCGGCGGGUUUCCUAGACGAGGAGGCCCUCGCGGCGAUGCUGGUGGCCUCUGAUGCCCUCGACGCCGUUCUUGCUCGAUGCCUUUUGUCUCGGAGCGGUAGCGGCGGCGGCAUCGCCGGAGGAGGAAAAGGCAAGAAACCGGAGGACGGUGAUGCAGCAGAAAUCUUGUUGGACGACGACGUGCCGCCCUUUCGGGGGGGGCUUGGUAGUCUCGCUUCGCCCGCCGGCGCCGGUCCUCGGGAAGAAAGCCUCGUCGAAGCCGUGGCGGCGCUGAGGGGGCUGUCCCUUAGGCUCGGGCGCUCGCUACCGCCGGAGUCCCCGCUUCUCGAAGGGCUCCCGCAGGGAGACGCCCUCCUGCGCGCGAUCGGACCGGCGGCGGGCGGAGAGCGCGGCGGCGAGUCGUCGCGGGCUCAUCUGCUUCGAGCCUCGGCGUGCUUGUUGCCGUUCCUCGCCGAGCGGUGCGUGCUGAGGGGGGACACCAAGACGGCGCUGAAGGCGAUCGUCGGGCUGGGCCUGAUCAAGCCGCGCCCGGCCAGCGAGGGCGGCGAGGCUGAGAAACGGCGGCGGAAGCGCGGACACCACCCGCGUCAAGAUGCGCCUCCGGGACG